CUAUCUUUUACACAUUUCCGGGUCAAUUCUAAUCAGAGCCUGGGGGGCUACAGCUGGGGUUGAUAUUUAAUGAGCUGAGACCACAGAGGGUCUGGACGCCUGUGUGUAAACAACACUCGAUAAUCUAAACUCAGACUGUGAAGAGACAGUAUGGCGACAACCAUCAGCACCCAGCGGGGACAGGUGUAUAUUGGGGAACUUCCCCAGGACUUCCUGCGGAUCACUCCUACUCAGCAGCAGCAGCAGGUUCAGCUGGACGCCCAGGCAGCCAGGCAGCUGCAGUAUGGAGGCUCAAUAGGCACUGUAGGGCGACUCAGCAUCACUGUGGUCCAGGCCAAGCUGGCUAAAAACUAUGGUAUGACCCGGAUGGAUCCGUACUGUAGGAUCCGACUGGGCUAUGCAGUCUAUGAGACACCAACCGCUCACAAUGGAGCCAAGAACCCGCGCUGGAACAAGGUGAUCCAGUGCACCGUACCUCCUGGGGUGGACUCCUUCUACCUGGAGAUCUUUGAUGAGAGAGCGUUCUCCAUGGACGACAGGAUAGCAUGGACUCAUGUCACCAUCCCUGAAGGCCUGAGGGAGGGCAGUGUGGUGGAUGAGUGGUUCAGCCUUAGUGGCAGGCAGGGUGACGACAAGGAGGGCAUGAUCAACCUGGUGAUGUCUUUUGCUUCUUUACCAGCAGGGAUGAUGACUCAGCCUGUUGUCCUGAUGCCCUCUGUGUAUCAGCAAGGAGUAGGAUAUGUGCCCAUUGCAGGGGUGCCAGCAGUCUAUAACCAGGGCAUUGUGCCCAUGGCAGUGCCAGCAGCCAUGCCAGCUGUUGGGGGUCAGGGGCCAGUGUGCAGUGAGGAGGACCUGAAGGCUCUCCAGGACAUGUUCCCCAACCUGGACAAGGAGGUCGUCCGCACUGUGCUGGACGCACAGCAGGGCAACAAGGAUGCUGCCAUCAACUCUCUGCUGCAGAUGGCUGAGGAACUCUAACUGCAGAGUACAAGCUCACAGCGGACAUGCCAACAUACACGCACAUUUAUGCAUGCACACAGACAUAUAAAAACAGUCUUAACUGAUGGAGAGACUGUCCACCCUCAGCACACACACACACACACACACACACACACACACACACACACACACACACACACACAUGCAGAGUCCUCCCACAGUGUGACUGAUAGCUCACAUUCUGCAGCCAUAUCUAAGUUCCCACCAGCUACACCAACUGAUAGCCACAGAGAUCUGUUUCCUGUCCCUUUGUUGGUACAUGAAGCCUGAACUGUCUCUGCUAACACACAGCUGUCUGUCACCACUGACACUGGAUCCUCCAAACAUUGCAACACCUGUGUUGACCUUGUGUUUUAUGAAAUCACAGCUUUAAGAUGAUAUCAAUGAUGAUGUAUUCUUCAAGUCACAGUAGAGACUAUUUGAGAUAGGUAUUUGGCAGUAGUGUGCCUUUAUGCAGAUUGUAAAUCUAACUAGCCCAAAUCAUUUUGUGCGUCUUGAUUGUUUCAAUGUCAUAAUCUUUAAUUGUAUAAUGGUAAACUAUAUUGUGUUUUGUGUAUUCUCCCCUUGAUUAGUGUUUGAUUUGCACUGUUUGAGCUAUAGAGUCAUGUUCAGUGUAGACAGCAGACCAGAGAACAGACUUCAGGACAUGGGGUCCAUCCUCUGAUUACAUUGUUGUUGUGAAUAGUGUGGGGUGAACCUGUCUGUAGUAACCUCCAGCGAACAGCUUCUGUUUCUUAUGUAACUAUGAAAUGUUUAGUGCAUUCAAAAUCAGUUGGGUCAUUAUGGAAGUAUUAAAUUAUAUAGAAUUAUAUACGGUGAUGAGAGACAGAGAAUAGACAUGACCUAAGGGAUUGUAUGUAAAUGGUCACACAGCCAGGAGAGAUUUAGAAGAAAUAACAAACUUACUUUGCAAAGUGUUGAUGUAACCAAUUUUCAAUCAGUGAAGGAUGAGAAGACUUGAUGUUAUAAAGUAAUAUUCUAUGGAGUCACAUUUUUUUAAUAACUGUAGAGCUUUGAUAAAGACGCAUGAUGGGAAUGAAGAUGUUGCUUUCCUGAUAAAAUCAGAAUGUUUAGCUCAGCAGGAUGUUGUGUGUAGAGCUUUUGAGACCAAAACACUUAAUCUUAAACUGGAAAGUAAUUCAGUCCAUUUGUAAUGAGCGAAAUAUCCACAGCUGUUUUCAGAAAUACUUUUUACCCCUCAGCAGUGGGGCCUAAGAUGACAGUGACCAAACUUUUAAAACCAUAUUUAGAUAGCGGUCAAAUUAAUAAGGAUCCAAUCAGCUCAUCAUUAAAUUAAAAUAAUUCAGUAACACUUGAGAUUACGGUUUGCACAACUCUUCACUAAUGAGACUCUGGAAAAAUGCAGUUUGCAGGGCUGAUGAACUUGGAUCAUCUCUGCCAUUUGACAGAAAAAAAUAGCUCUAAAAAGCCUAAUUUGUUUAAUUGUACAUUAAAUAAUCACAAAAUGCAAUUAAUAAAUAAAGCUGAUGUCAUAUCCACUGCUGGAUUACCCAGUGUGCAAUAUCAACAUCCAGAUGGUGUUUGAUGCCAGAUACAAUCUACAUGACACGUCUGUGUUUUACUUUGUUUCAUGUAUGAAAUCUGGGACAGCUUGUAAAAUAUAUUAAUGAAUCUA